AUGAACCCGGAACAUCACCCCGGAGGAGGUUGGGGAGGCGGCGGUCGCGGCGGGGAAGACUGUAAGGGUAAGGGAGGCGGCCACGGCGGCCACGGCGGGGGAGGUGGCAAGGGCGGAGAUGAUUGCAAGUGCAAGGGGGGUGGCAAUGGAGGAGGCGGUGGUAAGCCCCCCGGUAUGCCUCCUGGAAUGCCUCCUGGCGGGGGCGGCGGGGGCGGCGGUGACAAUCCUCCCCCGGGUGGUGGUGGUGGUGGUGGUGGAGGUGGUGGUGACAAACCUCCUCCAGGUGGUGGUGGAGGCGGUGGAGGAGGCAAGGGGGGUGAUGACUGCAAAGGCGGCAGCAGCAUGACAGAAUGCGACUCGUUCCGCAUGCGAGUCAAGGGCUCCGUCUCGGGCUGGGUCGGCCAGCUGGACAGCGGCCAGCUCAGAAUCGGCCUCGAGCCCGUGACUCUCCGCAUGGAAAAGGGCGAAAUCACGGACAAACGCCAACGCGGCAUGUGGUGGACUCCUCCCACCGAAACGCUUCAGUGCGAUCAGGGGCAGAAGCCUGACAAGGGUUGGAGCGCCGGCUGCGACGGCCUCAUGAAAUUCAAGAACCAGACGCGGUACUUCCAGUGCGAGGCUGAGAACCAGACGUACAACCUGUACAAGAAGAAUGACCAAGGCGUCCACUGCGGUGAGAUUAUGCUUUACAUGAGUGGUUGUGGGCGUGGAGAGGGCGAGGGUAUGGGUGACAAGCCUCCCGGCGGUGGCGGCGGUGGCGGCGGCGGUGGUGGUGGUGGUGGUGGUGGAGGAGGAGGAGGCGGAGGAGGAGAGGGACCGGGCAAAAUGCCUCCUCCCUCCAACGCGACGACUACCACUCAUAAGGCUUCCAAGCCCACGAAGCCUCCGGGACGGUGA